ACAACCAAAAAAAAUUUCUUUUCGUUUUCAUUCCACAAAAAAAUCGUAAAAAAUAAAAACUAUUUUCCUAAAGAAAAUAAUGCAAUUUAUAUUAAAAUAAACUAAUCAUAAUAUUAAGUUAAAAAAAAAAUGACUUCCGAAGUCAAUCAAUCAAAAGCUGAACAUUUUAUUCAACAAUUGAACGCUGCGAAUGCUAAAAAAGUUGCCCUUCUUUUAGUUAUCGGCUUUGUUGCUUAUCAUGGAAUUCUAAAUUAUCGAUAUGGAAGUGAUUCGUGUAAUUGGCUUCUCUCAAAAGGUCGCUUUAAAGGCGACAAAGAAUGGCAACCAUACGGCUGCAUGAUGCACAAAUAUUCCCAAACAGAUACCAGACGCUGUUUUCGUUAUCUAGCUUUUUGGGGUAAUAAAAAUCAAUUUGUUUUUAUUGGCGAUUCCCGCGUUCGAAUGCUUUAUCACACAUUCAUCAACCAUCUUCAUCCAAAUGACGAUGACAAUGGUUCAUCAUUAUUCGCCGAUCAAAGGUCUGAUACAUCUUUUGAAGACCCAAAGUUAAAAAUGAAAGCAAUCUAUAUUAACGCUGAUGAAAUGCAAAACAGUCUUUUACAAUUGUUGGCUAAAUUUGAAGCUGAUACACCUUCCCCGUCGGUAGUUAUUGCCGGCUUUACACAUCAAGGCUUUUUGGGGGGAAAUGUUACUACCGAAUUGCUCAAAGCUUAUAAUUUCAACCUGACCAAGCUUGUGGUUCCUUUUGACAAAUUGGUUGCGAAAAAAUCUAAAGUUCUUUGGAAACUCCAAGAUAGAGUCAAUGAAGAGAAGCUUGUAGACGCUUGGAAGGCAGUCCAAAAUGAAGACAUUGAUCAGUUUAAUCGAGUUGCCCGUGAGGUCUUUCGAUAUUCAUCGGCCAAUGUGUGGGAAUCCUCUUCCCACAUUGCUAAUGGGCUGCUGGACAAUGCUGCAGAUGGAUAUCAAUUGAGUCCUCUUGGACUGCGUCAUGAUAUUCAAAUAAUUUUGAAUAUGUACUGCAACGAUUACAUGAACUACAAUGAUGGGACCUGCUGUAGCAGUGCGGAACCCUAUACUGUUAUUCAAAUCAUCUCCUAUGCUGUCUUUGGAGUUUGUUUUUCACUGGUUCUGGCGAUGUACGCUCGACGUUGGAUAAUGCAUCUGCGUGGCCAAACACUCUAUAUGCCACUAAGUCAAGUGAACGGUAACUCAUCCUCAGUAUCACUGCCUGCUGAUUAUUCCACGCCGAUCGUUGCAUUGGCUACCCUUGGCAUAAUUCUCGCUUAUUUCUAUCUUUGUGAUCGUACCAACUUCUUCAUGAAGGAGAACAAGUACUACUCGGAGUUUAGUUUUUGGAUACCAGUUGGCUAUGUGGUUGCUUUGGGUUUAUUCUUCACUGAAGAUUCACGAUUCACCAAAGUCCUUAAUCGUGACCAAACAGACGAACUCAAAGGAUGGAUACUUUGUGUGGUUCUAAUCUAUUACAUGACUGGAGCUCAUCGAGUUCUGCCAAUUCACAUGAACAUACGAGUCCUUAUCAGUGCCUAUUUGUUUCUGACUGGUUACAGUCAAUACACUUAUAUGUGGCACACUGGAAAAUCAGGCCUAGUGCGGUUCUUCCAAGUGAUGUUCCGCAUGAAUUUCUUGACAAUUGUCCUUUGUUUUUGUAUGAAUCGUCCGUAUCAGUUCUAUUACUUCGUCCCGCUGCUUUCCUUCUGGGUUUGCAUAAUUUAUUUCUUACUUUCAUUACCACCUCGCAUCACUUCUCAGAGUGUGGACAGUAAUGCAUUGCAUUAUCUCUAUUUGGUUGGCAAAUUUGUUGGUUGUCUGAGUGUCAUUACUGUACUUUUCCUUUCAGAGGUCUUCUUUGAAAGAAUAUUUGUAACACGGCCAUGGAAGGCAUUGUUUGUGACCACAGAUGAUGAUAUCCAUGAUUGGUGGUAUCAGUGGAAGAUCGAUAGGUAUACAGUGACCUUUGGAAUGAUCUUUGCCGCAUGCUUCCACAUCGCACAGAAAUAUAGCAUUUUUGAUGAUAAUAAUCAUGGAAAUCUCUUUGCCCGACGAACUUCCAUCACAGUCACUCUAUUGGCAAUAAUUGGUGUUGGAUUCUAUGAAACAUUUAGUUUCCUAUGCCGCAAUGAACAGAAUUGUGAAGAAAUACACUCGUAUAUUGUGUUCAUCCCGAUUGUGGGUUAUAUCAUUUUGAGAAAUAUAUCGGGUAUCUUACGGACAAGAUAUUCGACAUUUUUCGCUUGGUUUGGACGAAUUUCAUUAGAAUUGUUCAUAUGUCAAUAUCAUAUUUGGUUGGCAGCUGAUAGACAUGGAGUUUUGGUACUUCUACCAGGAUUUCCAACUCUAAAUAUGAUUAUAACUAGUUUUAUAUUUGUUUGUGCUUCGCAUGAAGUGCAUCGGAUUACACAAAUAUUACUGCCAUAUGCUGUUCCAAGUGAUUGGAAGCUAGUGACUCGAAAUUUUAUUUUAUUCUUUAUUGUAUUAAUACCAAUUGGACGGUAUGAUGGAAUGUUUUGAGAAUAGAUAUUUAAGAUUAGAAUGAUACAAAAAAAUAAUAGGACUCGAUGAGGCUUAAGAGGUUAGAUAAUAAGAAGCACAAAUAAAAUACAUGGCACGUUAAUAAUAUCUGCAAUACACAGCUAAACGAUAAAAAAUAAUAAGUAAUUUCUUUCAAAGGAAUGGAUUUUUUUUAUUUAAGCUAAGUUUAAGGCUGUACUUAUAAUUUAUUCACGAAAUAAAGAUUAACAUAUAGA